UUUAUGGCAGCUGAUUAGAGCGAGGCUCCCUGGCCUCGAAGGUGAGUCGGCGACUACCGUCUUCCUCCCUCUUUUCCGUGAACAUAUGUUCCAUAACUAAAUGCCAAAGAUUUUGGAUCAUUGCCUCUCAUUUUUUUCUUCCACUUGGAGAGGUUUAGGGGUCGUUUCGCAGGGAUGCGGACAUCAGUGCUGCAACAAACUGAUUGCUGUGCUUUGAUUUACUUGGGGACAUUUUAGUUCCCUUGAGGGAUCUUGAGCGUGUACACGACCCAAAGAAGUGGAUAAAAUUCGAUGGUUUCGAGUUUCUGGAUUCUGGGAUUUGUUAUAAAAGGGGGGUUGUGUUCUUUGAUUGGAGAUGAUGCUCAUGAGGAUGGAAAUGGAAGCAGCCACUGGAGCUUUUCUCGAUCUUUGAGCCUUUUCUUUUAAUAGUUCUCUACUUGUCAUCACCUUCUCUUUUCUUUUUUUGAGCCACUGGUGGUAAUGGUCUCGAGAAUAACGGUGGAGGGGCGCGGAGGUUUCCAGUCAUUUUGUUUUCCUUAGACUUCCAUUUUCAGAAAACUACGAUUUUUUUGAUCAAAGAUUUUGCUGUGAUUUUAAGUUUCCCCACUUUGUUAAGGUCUUGGAAGCACUUGGUCUUCUGUCACAGCUUAGUUAGAGGGUGUACUGGAGUGGUUGUGUUUUUCAGCAUCGUAGGAUAUCGAAUGCAAAAGAUUAGCUUGCUAGAAGUUACAGAAAUUGCUCUCACUCUGUUGCUUUAGAUCCGGAGGAGGUUAACCUUCUAAAAUCAUAAAAAUGGCCAUGGCAGGUCCGGUAAAAGUAGUCUUAGGCUCUGUUGCCUUUGGGAUUUUCUGGAUCUUGGCUGUUUUCCCUGCAGUUCCCUUUCUACCAAUUGGGAGAACUGCAGGCUCUCUCCUUGGUGCGAUGCUCAUGGUCAUCUUCCGAGUCAUAUCACCUGAUGAAGCCUACGAUGCGAUCGAUCUUCCAAUUCUUGGCCUCCUCUUUGGAACCAUGGUCGUCAGUGUCUUUCUUGAAAGAGCUGACAUGUUUAAGUAUCUGGGUAAAUUGCUCUCAUGGAAGAGUAGAGGUGGUAAAGACUUACUCUUUCGAAUUUGUCUCAUCUCUGCCAUAGCAAGUGCUCUAUUUACGAAUGAUACCUGUUGUGUCGUCCUUACCGAGUUCAUCCUAAAGAUUGCUAGACAGAACAAUCUACCACCACAACCUUUUCUUCUAGCCCUUGCUUCUAGUUCAAACAUUGGAUCUGCUGCAACUCCGAUUGGUAACCCACAAAAUCUAGUCAUAGCUGUUCAAAGUGGAAUCUCCUUUGAACGGUUCUUGUGGGGAAUUCUUCCAGCUAUGAUUGUUGGAAUUCUUGUGAAUGCCUCCAUCCUCCUAGUCUACUUUUGGAAGUUAUUAUCAAUAGAGAAGGAUGAAGAAGUGGUAUCAACAGCAGGAGAUGUUGUGGCGGAAGAUGAUGUGACUUUGCACCGGUUUUCACCGGCGACAAUGUCGCAUGUUACUUCUGUGAAUUCUCAGGAGUUUGGUUCAGCAAUUGAUGCUGUUGUGCUGAAUGGGGACUUUGGGCGCACUGAUAGUCAACGAAGUAGGACCAAUAGCAUUGAUAUCGACAUACAAACUGCCUCAAGUGGUGGAAUUGAGUCCAUGAGGGCCUCAAAUGCAUCAAGGGAAGUGGCAGAGGGUGCUGCAAUUUCUCUGAGAAGAGAUCAAGCUGUGUCCUCAAGGAGGAUUCUGAGAGGUACUAGCAAUUUGAGAAAUAUUCCGAGAGAAAAUGCUUCAGUCCAAGCUUCAGAUGAGAAGGAGGGUUCAAUUGAGAGGUGGAAGAGGCUAUGGUGGAAGACAUGUGUCUAUCUUGUGACUAUGGGAAUGCUAGUUGCUCUUUUAAUGGGACUUAACAUGUCCUGGAGUGCAAUUACUGCUGCUCUUGCUCUUGUGGUGCUCGAUUUCAAGGAUGCACGCCCGUGCCUGGAGAAGAAGCAGGUUUCAUACUCCUUAUUGAUUUUCUUUUGUGGGAUGUUCAUAACCGUUGAUGGAUUUAACAAGACUGGAAUACCAAGUGCUUUAUGGGAACUUGUUGAACCACAUGCACGUAUUGAUAGUGCUGGUGGUGUUGCACUGCUCUCUCUGGUGAUUCUCGUCCUCUCAAAUGUUGCCUCCAAUGUGCCCACUGGUAAGUCCUCCUAGGCAAGGGUUUUUGAUGAUCAAAAAGUUUUACUUAGUAACAGCGAUCAACUUCUUGGUGUUUGUGAACAGCUUUUUGAUUGCAUGUUGCUUUUCAGUAACAUAUGUAUAACUUGCAUGUGUUCCCCUAAUUUUGUUAUUAUCUGCUGGAAGUCAGAUGCAUAACAUCAUUUAGAGCAUAUCUUUCAACACGAAGUAAUAUCAAACAAGUCCAACCACAAGUAUGUUGCAAUUUUUUUCUUUUAGGGAAAUAAGUAUGUUGCAAUUUGAAACAGGAUUUUUCCAUGUUUGGAAUUGGCAAUGAGGUGUUUAGUCCUUGUAAACUGUCAUAAUUGUAUUCAAUAAAGGUGCUUGCUUUGGGACAAUACUAAAAGCAUCAGGGAAAGGGUUUGAGGGCUGGAGGACAGUAGUGACUGCCCAUGGGGAAUAUUCUGCUCAUCAUAACAAAUUUUUCAGUACAAUCAAAAGCUUAAUUUUUCUUUACAAUCAAAAGCUUAAUUCUUCUUUCAUUGAGUUAUCCAGAGUUGCCUUUCAUAAUUUUCAUGUGUUUUCCUUGUUUUUUCUUUGUUUUCCAUUCUAUGUCUUAAUUCUUCCUUGGUGAGGCAAUGAGGGAGCAA